AUGCUUCGGACAGGGACUAGACAUCUCUGUAGAAGCUGCCUACGGAAUCUGGCACUUGCCCCCAGAAUUUCGCCCACUGCUUCCACCUCACCAGUUGCGUCUACGCCCCGACCUGGGAAUUUCAACGCAAUCCGCUCUUACUCUUCAUCGUCCUCAGAACAACCUUCGAGCCCAGGUCCACCUAAAAGACCAUCUCCAUAUCGCCUUCUGCAAUCUCACACGUUCUUGUCCCAAUUCGCACCUCUGCAUAUAUCAGGAUGGAGGCUGGACAGUAUCGCUCAGCAGGACAGACUCAUCAAUCCACUUUCGGCAGUCGACGAAGCGCUUGAUCUGGAAGGUGGAGAUUUGCAGGAUAGGAGGCUGGUCAGAGCGUUCAUGAUGGGAGAAGGAAAGGUGGGUUGGAAGGACGCUAUGAUUUUUGUUCAAAGGGCAGGACAGAUCAUUGAGGAAGAGGAUCAUCAUCCCACCACCCUCAUCACCCCUUCAUCAGAUUAUAUACCUUCAUCCACCUCUCUGCAAAAUACUGGCAAAGAGGACAACGGAUAUGUGAUAGAGAUAUCCACACAUACACAUACACCAUUACCUCCGUAUCCUCUUCCAACCAAGAACCCCGCGCACAAGAUGAGACCCGGAGUGACAAGCAAGGAUAUACGUCUUGCGGAAAGGUUGGAAGAAGUUUGGGAGGGGGUGAUGGGUGGGAGACAGAAGGUGGAAAUGAAGAAGGAGUGA